GAACCACGUCACUAUCAAAACGACACCGUUUUAAAACAUCUAAUCAAUUUGCUACGACAGAAGUGAGUUUUGUCUGGUUCCUUAAUCAACCAAUUCGCGACCAUGGCCUCGCGUUUGUUAUCGACGACACUUCUCACACCGCCGGCUAAUCUCAACAAAUCUUCGUCGGGUCCAACGGCGAGAGUUGGAUUGAGAAAGGGAAGGCUUAGUAUCAGAGCAGUAAGCAACAGCUCUCAAGGAGGUUCCGUCGAUGGGACCGUUUACAAAGGUGUUUACGGUCCAUGGACUGUCGACCAGUCCGAUGUCAAAGAGGUUAUUCUGUACAGAUCAGGACUUGUAACUGCUGCUGCUUCCUUUGUAACCGCUUCUUCUGCAGCUUUUUUACCAGAGAACUCUUGGUUAAGUGAAAUAAUCAAGCAAAACCAAGACUUGUUCUACCUUGUUGGUGCUGGUGGUUUGGGGCUAUCUCUGUUUCUUAUUCAUAUAUAUGUAACGGAGAUCAAGAGGACUCUUCAGGCUUUAUGGGCACUUGGUGUUGUUGGUUCGUUUGCCACUUACGCAGCUCUUGCUAGACCAGCUAGUGAUAACUUGGUUCAUUAUGUCGUUGAUCAUCCAACUGCUGUUUGGUUUGUUGGUCCUCUUUUCGCUUCCCUCACUGGGCUCGUUUUCAAAGAAGGGCUAUGUUAUGGUAAGCUAGAAGCUGGCCUUCUUACUUUCAUCAUACCCUCAGUACUUCUAGGGCAUUUGAGUGGCCUGAUGAAUGAUGAGGUAAAACUGGUGUUGCUAGGCACAUGGAUGGCACUCUUUGUGGUAUUUGCUGGAAGAAAAUUCACUCAGCCUAUAAAGGAUGAUAUUGGGGAUAAAUCUGUUUUCAUGUUCAUGGCUCUUCCGGAAGAUGAGAAGAAGGCUGUAGUUGCAAAACUCGAGCUAGAUAAUUCUGGUUAAGACUUUGAAUGAUUACAAAAUGUUUUAAGCAUCUUCAAGAACAGGUAAAUAUCAUGUACCCUUAGGUUAUAUAUACCGAUGAGGAGAGACGCUACCAUAAACAGUUUGUACAUCUUAUGGACCAUUGAUAAAUGACAAUAAAAAUGCGUUUAUA